AUGACCCUAACUACGGCGACGUCCGGCGCCAUUGUAUUAUCUGGAGCCACUUUGUUGGUUUCCCUUUUUGCCGCUGCAUCGCUUUACAGUCAAGUUUCGAAUAUCUGGAAUGAGCUGGAUGCUGAAAUCGCCAACUUCAGAAGUCUCACUGAAGACAUGUGGGUUGAUAUGGUUAAACUUGGAGCUGGAACCGCUUCUAACAGAGUGAGACGUCAACAAUAUGGAGGAUAUGGAGCCAGUGGAGUCCAACCACCAGCCCCAACUCCAAAUCCAUACGGAGGAUACGGAGCCAGUCAACCAGCUCCACCAGAGAAAUUCCCAGAUGGUAUUCCAAAUGGAGGAAACCAACCAAAGUUCCCAGGAGGUGGAUUCCCGGAUGGACCAUUCCCAAAUGGAGGAGGACCACGUGGAGGAAAUCAGUGUCAAUGCACCGUUGAGAACUCUUGCCCACCAGGACCAGCUGGACCAGAAGGAGAAGAAGGACCAGAUGGACAAGAUGGACAAGACGGAGUUCCAGGAUUCGAUGGAAAAGAUGCUGAGGAUAUCCAGAAUACUCCACCAACUGGAUGUUUCACUUGCCCACAAGGACCACUUGGACCACAAGGACCUUCAGGAGCACCUGGACUCAGAGGAAUGCGUGGAGCUCGUGGACAACCAGGACGUCCAGGAAGAGAUGGAAACCCAGGAAUGCCAGGAGAUUGUGGACCACCAGGAGCUCCAGGACUCGAUGGAAAGCCAGGAUCUCCAGGAGGAAAGGGAGAUGAUGGAGAGAGACCACUUGGAAGACAAGGACCACGUGGACCACCAGGAGAGGCUGGACCAGAAGGACCACAAGGACCAACUGGAAGAGAUGCUUAUCCAGGACAAGCUGGACCACAAGGAGAGCCAGGAAUUCAAGGAUAUGGAGGAGCUGCUGGACAGGAUGGACCAGAAGGACCACCAGGAUCUCCAGGACUUCCAGGAAAGGACGCAGAAUACUGCAAGUGUCCAGGAAGAGAAGGAGACGCCGGAAGAACUGCCAGACGUCAUCGCAAAUUCCAAUUGUAA